AACGAGAAAUAAACGUGACUGUCUGGGAGUUAAAGUUCACAAGGGGUUUAUUUAACAAUUACGAGGCGGUCUGAUCAUUUCUGGGGGAGUAACGUCUUUAUUUUCGUCCAUCAUGAGUUUGUCAAUGCCGCAGAAGCGUUACUACAGACAGCGAGCCCAUUCAAACCCGAUGGCUUACCACACGUUUGAUUACCCUGUGUGUCCUGAGGACAUGAACUGGUCCGAGCUGUAUCCAGACUUCUUCACCGGCAGCCCUUCUGGGACGGAGACUCACUGUGUUGAGUUUGCAGACAUUGGAUGUGGAUACGGGGGGCUUUUAGUGGAGUUGUCUCCACUUUUCCCAGACAAGCUCAUCCUGGGCAUGGAGAUCCGAGUGAAAGUGUCCGAUUAUGUCCGGGAUCGUAUCCAGUCACUGCGGGCCUCAGAGCCUGGGAGCUACCAGAACAUCGCCUGCAUUCGAAGCAACGCCAUGAAGUACCUCCCCAACUUCUUUACUAAAGGACAGCUCAGUAAGAUGUUCUUCCUCUUCCCUGACCCUCACUUUAAGAAGACCAAGCACAAAUGGAGGAUCAUUAGUCCCACACUGUUGGCAGAAUAUGCCUACACGCUGAGAGUCGGGGGCUUGGUGUAUACCAUGACGGAUGUGGAGGAAGUGCACGUCUGGAUGGUGAAGCAUUUCACAGAACAUCCACUGUUUACACGUGUCUCCGAUGAAGAGCUGGUCGGUGACGUCAUUGUGAGUCGACUGGGUACCUGUACAGAGGAAGGAAAGAAAGUCCAAAGAAAUGGAGGCAAGAACUUCCUUGCAGUUUUCAGGAGGAUUGAGGAUUCAAACUGAGUCCAGGCAGUUUGGACGCACAAUAAACUGAAAUGCUGCUCUUACGCGGUCUGGUCUGCUUGGAGAAUAAUAUGAAGAGCUGUGGCUUGUCCCCCCACCCAGCAGAUGAACCGCUUUUCUGGUAUUAUGGAACAAACCUUUACAUCAAUACCUGAAUGUGGAUUUGAGUUUUUUCCACUUAAUUUAUAUAUUUCUUUCCCCAGCUCAUGAAAGACAGCACAAGGAAAGUGAAUUGUUAAAGGGUGUCUUCAGGCUCAACUUUUAGUUUAUAUCUUUGGUUUUGUAUUGCGGUUGUUUUGGGUUUGCUGUAUAACUUUUAAACCCCCCCCCCCCCCCCCCCAAUUUUCUCCAGUGUAUGUAUCCAUCCAUCUUUUCUAACUCCUGCUUCUGGAGGCAGAGCCUUUGUGUUUGCUAUUCAUUUUCAAAGCCUUUUUAAAAUGACAAACAUUUCCAUGUGAUGAUAUAACUUUGUUGGCUCCGUGAUGGUAAUUGGCAGCAUUGGUGGCAGAGUCUGAAAUGGAUUAGACUAAGAAGUUUGCAAACAGUCUGCAUCUAGCUUGUUUGCUGUGGGUCAUUGUCUGAUUUAAAAAUAAAACGGCAAGCUGCAGCACG